UUAGGCUAGUGGAGUAAUGAGAGUUAGCAGUUUUUGUACUAGGAACAUCCACUGAGGGAACCACUUCAUUGCUGCCAUCAUGGUUGUAGAGCAUUUGCACUGUGCAACCUGCUACAAGGUAUCCCGUUGUAACAAAAGGCCAGAGGAGAACAUUAGCUGUGUUAUAGUGAACUGUGAUCAGGAAUGUGGUGCCAGGUUUCAUGCCUGCAAAAAAGACGAGCACUUCCUUUUAUGUCCAGACGAGCGAGUGCCAUGCAUCAAUGCUGUGAAUGGUUGCACGUGGGUGCUACCCCGCUCCAAGCUUGGCUCUCACCUACAGAGGUGUCCGGCUAGUGUCGUUUACUGCACGAUGGAGUGGAAUCGAUGGCCUGUGUUCACUCAGGAGAGACAUAAGAAUGGAAACUUGCAGCAUAAGAACCCUUACGCACGAGUUGGACAGUUAGACGUCGAGUUGGCUAUGAGAGAUCAGCGGAUGCUGAACACGUCAAUGAAGGUCAACGCUAAAACAAAGCGUGUGCUCAGGAACAAUCUGACUCGUCGCUUCCCAGCCAUGCCGAUGCUGCAGCACCGGACUGUUUCUCUAGACUCCGACGCUGCUGACGACACCUCCACUGCGAGAACAACGUCCGACGAUGAGAUGGACACGCCGUGGGGGUCACGUCAGGCGCCUCCCGGCCUUUCAAGUAGUGUCUGUGGCCAGCUAGUCAAGGCAGCUGACCAAACAUCGCAGCAUUUGGAUGCAGCAUUGAACAUGCUUGAGUACAGUAGCACUAAGGCAGGAGACAGCACAGAGGACCCGGCUUCAGCCUUGAAGCGUAAGGGUAUGCUGAACCUCGACGCACUUGCAAGGGGUGAAUACAUCGUUUAUGACGCACCUGCGAGUUCAGGAAACGCGAUGAAUGAGUAUUUGGAUGAUUGCCAAAUGGUCGAUGAAAACAGACAAGAUUUGGUGGAUGGUGCUGCGAAUGCUGACAGAAUGAAGGGUGCUUGUCAAUCUAUUAUUGCCCAGGUGUCACAGAUAGUUGAUCAUAUUUGCAAUGGACAUGCACAGAACAAUGAUAGCAGUCCAGCUGACUCAGAAGUUAUAAAAACAAAUGGACAAAGUCACAGGACUACAUUUUUAGAUGACAAUGGCAACAGCACUAAGGUAGGCAAUGAUAAUGGAACGACAUUAGACAGCCAUGCAGCAGUGCACAGUGUUCUGCCAACAAUGGAGGCUUUAAAAACUGCUAUCAAAGUGAGAGUCAAUGACACACAUAAGCCGAUCGACCCUGUCACUGGCAUAGAGGUCACACAUGCACCAAUCAUAGAUCCAGUGACAGGGUUAGAUCUGGAAUCAGCUGUUGUUCCAAAAGUGAGGAGUCCAUGCUUUACUGCCUCAUUGAUGAUACGUGAAGAACUGAAGAAAGAGUUGCAAGAGAUUAAGCAAACACUGGGGAAUACACUUUCUACACCCCAGCACAUUGAAAUAGUUGGAGGUGUUGAAGUGUCAUGCUCUGCGAAAGAGAGAAGUCCAUGUUUUAAGGCUUCCUUUGGGGGAUUGCACCAGCAACAAGGUGAGCAGGAGAUUAAUAAUGAGACUGUAAACAACGGUAAUUGCCUAGAACUUGAAAAUAUAGAAAUGACCCAAAGUGAAGAAGAGCUGAGCGAAGAGCCAGAUACACAAGAGAAUGGUGGUGGCAAAUCAAGUGAAUGUGCAGCAAGUCAACAGCUCAGUAAAAUUUCGACCUUACCUAGUACAGCAGUAGCAAUUUCCACUGAUCAGCUGGAUGCUAAUACUACACUGGUUAAAAAUUGUGAGGAAAGGGUUUUGUUAAAGAAUGAAAUUUCCAUCUCUAGUUGUUUGUGGGACCAAAGUAAUUCACAAUCUUCAGGCAAUAAUGGCAGCUGGGUUUGUAACGAUACUGAUAAAAAUGUUGAAUACAUAUCAUCAAUGUUAGGUAUAAUGGAUUUGCGAAGUGCUCUGACAACAGCAACUGUGAAUGAUCGAAGUGCCUUACGCAUGUCAGGUGAUGCUGCUGUUUCAGGUCAGGCAAUAUGUGACAGCUAUAUUCCUUGUAAAGCUAGCGGUGCCAUUGAGAGUGUCAAUCCACAAGCUAAAGAUAUCCCUGUAAAUCAGGCCAACACAACGAAUGAUGCUCAGUCCACUUCAUACACAUAUCAUGUUUCUGCAAAUCAAGUGUCUAGUACUGAUCAUUGUGAUAGAUACUCACCUCUCACUGUUCCUGAGAACGUUUUAUCUGAUGUGCAGAAUACCACCGAGCAGCCUAGUUGCUAUCAUGUUCAAUCGCAUGGUGAACUGCAGGCCCAGCACCUCAUUUUCCCAUUAAAAAGUGCAGCUCCACCACCUCCACCUCCUCCUCCUCCACCACCACCACCACCUCCGGCACCACCGCCCCCUCCCUCAUGUGGUGUACCUUUAAUGACAAAACGAACACUGGGCCUGGACCUGACAAUGGAAUUCAUCACGCGUUAUCAGUCGAAGCCGAAAGCGAUGUACACGUUCAUGUGUGCUCAGUCGUUCCGGCGGGAUGAGUACAGCUGGCACUACAAGAACGUGCACAGCGACAUUCACGGUGGCCUGAACGGCUGGCUGGAGCAGCGCUGCCCGCUCUCCUGCUAUGGCUGUAUGCACUCCGUGCGCCGCAUGUACCCGUGCGUGCCAGGUGCCGAAGUUGUCCACAACGACGUCAUCGAAAGUUUUGGAUGGAAGCCAGUCGUGCACACUGUGAACCAGCUGAUGGGGAGGCUGAAGAAAUCGCCGAGCCCGCCUCGAAAGCGCUCGCCCUCGCCCGUGAAAGCCGCGCUUGCCUACCCGGUGAUACCAGAGGAAGUGGUGUGCGUGUAUGAUAUCAGUCCGAUUGAUGCGUUGUCGUCGCUGCCAUUUGAACUGCUCCGUCACAUUAGUCGGUUUCUUGAUGGCUUCAGCCUUUGCAACCUGGCUCUGGCUAGCCAGCUGCUGAGGGACGUGUGCUGCUCUCUUCUGGACGAAAAGGGUAUCGUAGUUUUGGAAUGGGAGCGACGGAAGUAUGGCACCAACUACACCUGGCAGGUCGCUUACAAGAGAUGGUUCUUUAGCACGGCAUUUUCUCCCAUCACCCAAUGGGGCUUCGUUGACAACACAGGUAUGGACUUGCACAUGAAGACCUGUCCAUUCUAUGAGACCAUUCGGAGAACUGAGCCCUUCUGCUAUCCAGCUGAGCAGAAAAGCAUCAAAAUGGCACAGACACGUCGAGGGGACCUUCUCGCACUACAGCUAGACAAGGCAGCUUUAUAGACUAGUACUUAAGUUCAUGCUGUUCAUCAUUUGUCGAACUCUAAAUUCAGCUGGUAUAACAUUAUUGUGACACUCUUUAUUGUGAGUAGGGACUGAAACAGCCAAGUAGUUCGUUGUAAUUCAAGUGUAGUUUAGUUCAUUUACUAAUGUACUAAACAGCUGUUUCUUGAAAGUUUAUAUAAUUAUAUAUAUACAGUGAUCUCUCUGUACAGCCAUCUUUAAACCAUGUGCCCAUGCAUAAUGUAAUUUUGGUCGCUUUCAGUUUUCUAAACCCAUGGUACUGCUGUGACAUUUUGAGUUUUUGUUAAGCAACUGCAUGGUAAAAUUUGUAUGUCUGCAGCCAUGAUCUCAUCAUUAGCAGUUUACGGACACACCACCGAAAUGCAUGCAUUCAAUUCUGUGGCUGCAGUCAGAUUGCUUCAUAAAAUCUGUUAUCACAGAGAGAGUCGCCCAUGCAUUCUAGCAAGGUGCGAGCAUUGUAGUAUUUGAGCGGUAAGAUGUCCAUGAUGCAUUAUGAAAAGUCAUUUAAUUUCAUAAAAGGCCAUAGGCAUAGUUCGCAUUCUGUUUAUUUAAUUAAGUCAGUACACGAAAUGUUAUGCUGAAAGGAGGCUGUGCGUUUUGGAUUUAGUGAGUGAUGCAUGCAUGCAUUACAUCAAGAGCGUAUAAAGAGGGAGAGCGUACAACGGUGAAAUGCUGAA